GACCACCUUCAUCCCAUCGGCACCCUGAAUUCACUUGUCACCCUCACGGUCGGACACUGCAGCGGUCUCUGCUUCCGGCUCGUUGCUGCUCAGUGGUGGCCAUCCAUUCUAUGUUCUUCUAGCCACUGAUGCCGGCCGCCGAAGCAUCCCCCGUCGCAUCUUCCGAGUCCGGUCUUGUCAAGAUGGAAGACCGGAAGAGAGCUGCUACUUAUGAUCAAAAUGAUUCUGCUCCACCAUUGAAGAAGCACGCCAGUGCUGUCAAUGGUGGUAGCAAACCUCACCCAGACGCUGAUAUGCCUUGGAAAGAUGAUUUAGAGCGAUUCCAGAAAGACGCGAUAUGGCGCCAGAUGCAGGAGUACAAACGGGAGAAGAUCUCCCUGGAGACAAAAUUGAAGGAGAUGUCAAAAGCCACCACCUAUCAUAAUGAUCAUCUCCAUAUCAUCGAUGCCUGGUACAAUCAAUUGAUUGAUGAAGUGAAAAUACUCAUAGCUUCACCCGAGGAAGAAAGUAAAGGACGCCCGUCCUUCCGAAGCUCCUUGGCAUUUGAUGACGUUGAGAAUUUUGAGAAGCAUUUGAAAGCCCGAUCAGAUGAUAUACGUGAUGUGAUUUCUCGCCUUCUAUCACAAUCGCCAAAGGUUUCGCCCGAGGUAUCGGAACUGCAAAACCAGCUGUCAAAGAAAUUGGCCGAGGAGAAAGUAACUAUCACCGAACUGGAAAAAGCCUUAGCUGAAAAGCAGCAGUUGGAGGAAAGCCUAGAGGCUGCAUCUUUGCGUUAUAUGGUGGCGGAAAAGAAGCUGGAUCGUGCGCGGAGCGUAACUGUCGCCAAAUUGGAAAAGCAAUAUAUUUUUGGAGCACAACGGCCUGGUGGUGAUAGUGCAUCUGGCAAUCGAGAAGAACCCUCUGCAGCAAACGGUGUGGUCUCCGGCGGUGAACGCACCCCGGAUCUGGACGAAGCGCACAAGCAGCUUGUUGCUGUAUCUGAGAAGCAAAAGGAACAGUUAAAAAAACUGGAGACCGAAAAUGCCAGUUUGAUCAGCCAAGCGACUGAGUUGAAUAUCAAGCGCUCAAAACCUACCGACGACGAAUAUGCGCAUACGGAUUUGUUCAAACAGUUGAGAUCUCAAUAUGACGAUGUAGUUAAACGAAUUAAUCAUUUGGAAGCGACGAAUGUGCAACUACGAGAAGAGGCCGAGAGACUACGAUCAGAACGAACUGCGUAUCGCAACCUGGUCGAUGAAGAAACGCAAAAUACGAUUGCUGAGAAGGAAGCGCAACUGGUGCGGGCGGAGACCGAUUUGGCGCGGAUACGAAACGCUCGGGACGAGCUCUUGGCGGAUCAACAGAUGAGAAAGGCCGCGCAAGAACAGGAAAAGACAUCUAUCACCAAAAUACAAGAACUGGCAGAUGCUGGGGAGGCUCGGAUCGCUUCUUUGACGUCGGAAGUGGAACGGUUGCGUUCGCAGCUUGAAGACUCCAAGGAUGCGCCUACAAAUAUUGAAGAGACCCCAGUGGAAGAGCUUCGCGCUAAGUACCAGAAUUUGGAACGGCAGUACGCCAUGCUUAACACCGAACUCACUUCAAUGCAAACAGCCUGCAAGAAGUAUUCGACACUGGCAUCACAGAAAGUUACAGACCUCACUGCUUUGGAAGAGAAGGUUUCACGCUUUAUGGCCGAGAAAUCCAAGGCCGAUCAAAAAUAUUUUGCAGCAAUGAAAAGCAAGGAAGCGCGAGAGCUGGAAGUUCGCACACUCAGAAUGCAAAACUCGAAGAGCUCCGACAUUGUCUCACAAUUGAAGGAAUCAGAACUAGCCACCCGUUCCUUGCUGGCAAAUAUGGAGAAGCAGGUCAGCGAGACCAAAGAGGCAUUGAACUCGGUAAUCAGCAAACACAACGCCGCACAGCAACAAAUCAUAGAGAACAACAUCGUCAUGGACGGCUUCAGGUCGCAGAUUUCCGAACUCAAAGCAUUGUCAGUGUCCAAAGACACGUCCUUGGCGAACACUUCUACCGCCUGCCGCCAAGCAGAGACAGAAAUUGAGAGCUUAAAAGUAUCGCUUGCAGAUACCAAGAAGAGUCUUGACAACUGGAAAAACAAGAGUCUUGGGAAUUCAUCAUCCGAGUAUGAAAUGUUGAGGACCCUUGCUCUAUGUACAGUCUGCCGCAGGAAUUUCAAGAACACUGCCAUCAAGACAUGUGGCCAUGUCUUCUGUAAGGAAUGUGUGGAAGAACGUUUGACCUCUCGAUCACGAAAGUGCCCGAAUUGCAACAAGUCUUUCGGAAACAAUGAUCAUAUGCACAUCACCCUCUGAUUUGGAAUCUUUUACCGAUUUCCCUUCUAUUUAACUUCAUGUAACAUAGUUUCUUCCUCCUUUACCCCCCGUUCUUCCAUCCCUUUUCGUCCUAACUUUUUUUUUUAUUACCCGUUCCUCUUUUCUUUUUUAUCUUGUCUUUUUUAAAUGGAAGGGUUCAUGGUGCGGUGUUUUUUUGUUGUGUGGAUUAGCAGGAUAGGGUCUCAGAGGGGCCGGCGUUUUGAUUCUCUGCUUCUGAGCACUUGUUUUCUUUGCAUACUGACCAGACGAAUGGUGGGAUUUUUUUUUCCUGGUCUCUGGAUUGUCUUUUGUCUAUCUCUUUCUUUUUUUCCUGUCGGGAUUUCUUGGAUACCCACGUC